AUGGCGGAGAAGCGGCGGUCGUUGCUCGUCGACGAGCGCCUGGGCGAGACCGAAUGGGGCCGCAUGAUCCGGUCCCAGGUCACCGUCAACCAGUACGACCAGGGGGAGUCGAUCCGCUACGAGAAGGAGACGUUCACGCGCUGGAUCAACGCGCGCCUCGCGGCGGCGCCGCCCCCGCUGCGGAACGACGUCGUCGUCGGCGACCUCUUCCUGGACCUGCGGGACGGGCUCGUCCUCUACUACCUCGUGGCGCUGCUGAGCAACCGCGCGUCGGCGGCCGUCGGCCGGCCGCAGGUGGGUCUGGGGUCCAUCAUCGCGAUGCACAACGUGGGCCUCGUCCAGAAGUACCUCAUGCGCUUCCUCACGAACGAGCGCCAGCAGCUCCCGGACGCGUCCCACGUCGUCGAGGGCAAGCCCAUCGCCGUGCUCUCGCUCAUCUGGUGGAUCAUCAGCCACCACACGGCCGACGGCUUCGACGGCGACCCCCAGGCCGUGCGCUGCGCCAUCCUAGGCUGGGCGACGCGCCGCUGCGCGCGCGCGGGCCUCGUCCCCGAGGCGCUGGAGCAGCCCGGCGGCGCCGGUGCGACGGGCUCGAAGGCGAGGCGCAAGGGGCCCGCGGGCUACUUCUCGCUCUCCGAGGAUCGCGUCCGCGACGGCCGCGUCUUCCUCGCGCUGCUCCACGCCACGGACCCGAACCGCUUCCCCUACGACCCGACGGACGACGUGCGGCGCAACAUCUCCAAGGCCUUCGAACGCGCGCGGUCCGCGUACGAGGUGCCCGUGUUGCUCGACGCGGCCGACGAGGGCUGCAUGAGGCAGGAGCCCCUCGUGCUCACGUACCUCAGCGAGCUCCGGGCGGCGCUGCCGGCGCGCUGCGCCGCCCCGAAGCGCGCGGGCACGGUGAACGCGCCGCCGACGUGGCCGCCGCGGCGCCUCGGCGCGCUCGCGCGCCACGUCGCGGACCCCUGGGCCGAGGAGUGCCUCCGGGAGCGCGGCGGCUGGGUCGGCGACGUCGAGCGCAUGUACCCCUACCGGCCGACGCGCCACGUCUUCGUCGCCGCGGCCGCGGCGCUGCUCAAGGACGCGCUGGCCUUCGAGGAGAAGCUCGGCGACGAGCGCGACCCGCGGACGAUGCGGCGGCGCCAGGCGUUCCUCUCGCUCAUCAAGCAGGUCGCGGAGCCGGGCAAUUUACGGCGCAUGUGGACGGCGCGGGAGGACGGGAGCCUCGAGGCGCUCCAGGCGGCGCUGAAAGACGCGGGCGUCGGCGACGGCCGGGACCGCGAGGCGCUCGCGCGGCUCCUCCUCGACCCGAACGUGCUGGGCGACGCGCCGGACGCGGCGAGCCCCCUGAGCCCGCGGGCGCUGGCGUCGUCCUUGUUCGGGUCCCCGGGCGGCGGCGGCGGCGACACGGCCGUCGCGGACGUCGCGGCGCGGAUCUCGUUGCCGCUCGCGCGGCGCGGUUUGGGCAAGUACGCGCGGCUCGUCGCCGGCCGCGCGCGCGAGCUCUGGUCCGCGCGCGAGGCCGGCGGCGUCGCCGGCGUCGAGAGGGAGCUCGAGGAGGACCCGGCCUUCGGGCUGAGCGAGGCGAGCGAGCGGGGGGUGCUGGCGUCGAUGCUGCUGAACCCGACGGCGCUCCCCUUCCGGAGCGAUUUGCAGGCGGAGCUGCGGGCCGCGGGGCUCGGCGACUUCUGCGGCCUGGCGGCGAAGCACGAGCUGCAGCUCUGCGCCGCGCGCGACUACGGCGGCGCGUCCGCGGUCGCCGCGGCGGCGAAGCGCUACGCGGCGCGGGAUCCCUUGGACCGCGAGGCCUGCGGCGACGACGCGCGCCUGGCCCGGUUCGCGGCGCUGGUCUGCGACGCGCGCCACGUGUUGGGCGCGCGGCGGCGCUUCGACGAGACCGCCGCGGCGCCGCCGCCGCUGCGCGCGGCCGCGGCGCUCGUCUGGGCGCGCGCGCGCGCGCGCCGCGGCCUCGCGCUCGUGCGCCUCGCGAUGCAGCGGCGCCGCGCGGGGCCGCCGGAGAGCCCCGUGCUGGGCACGGAGUCGGCGCGCGUGCUCCUCGCCGUGCUCGCGGCGCUGGACCCGGCGGGCGCGCGGCCGUGCGCGCGCCGCGGCGACUACGACGCGUGCACGAAGGCGCGCGGCUCCAAGAAGGAGCGCCGCGAGUUCGCCUUCGCGCGCGCGCGCGCGAACUACGGCGUGCCCGAGCUCGACGCGUCGGACCCGCGCUUCUCCCACCUCACGGAGGCCCAGGACGCGCUGGGGCUCUACGUCUCGGAGCUCGCGGCGGCCGCCGGCGCGGCGGGCGCGGUCGGGAGCAAGCGCGGCGGCUGGCGCCGCAUCCCCGCCGACGACGUGCUCGGCGACCCCGGCGACUACAGCCGCCAGUUGCUGCACUUUUCGCGCGCGUCGCUCCACGCCGGCGGCGACCUCGACGGCGAGGCCCUCGAGGAAGCCAAGGCCGCGGUCUUCGACGCGGCGGACGUCUCGCAGGCCUUCGCGUCCGGCGCGGGACUGCUCGCGUUGUUAGCGGCGCUCGACGCCUACGCCCCGGCCCGGGCCGACGCCGCCGCGGCGCGGCCCUGCCCCGCGCCGACGGGCGACGGCCUGUGUGGAAUUCAACCACUGGUUUGGGUGGUCCUGACCAAACUUGAGAAUUCUCUAGCUCGGUCACAUCGAAGUCGAUUCGGCUGA